AUGUCCCGACGAGCACGAAACCAUGAGUACUACGAGGAGGACCUCUACGAAGAAGAGAGCGAUACAUAUCGACGUCCGCGGCGGUCUCGACGUGAACACUUCGCCGAAGACGAUGAAUUGCAAUACGGACGUCGAAUGUCCGCCCCGCUUCCCGUGGAAGAGCUGGAACGCCUACACAUACGAGAACGGUCAAAGCCUGACUUUAUUCGCGAGAGCUUUGAUCCGCCUCGAAACCCUGGCCCCCUGGCUGUGAUGCGAGAGCGGGAGGAAAGCGAGAUGGAUAUGCCUCCGCGCGAGACAUUGAGGGGCUACGAGCGGGACAGGCACGAGCCUCGUGAGCGUCGUGAGCGACCUCGGCAUAGGAGGAUCGCUAAGGAGGAGGAUAUUUACCUCCAGGAGGAGUUGGAAAGACGGAGGUAUACAGGGGGUGAAUCUGACGAGGGAGAAGUUGAGCUUUGGAGAGAAAGGCGGUCGAUACCGCGACGUGACUUGGAUAGCGAGGAGGACUUUGUACGCUUACGUCGCGACAAGAGAGGGAAGAAAGGCUCGCGGAUGAAACACUCGGAACUUGAAAUUGAGCGAGAUGAGCUGUACCGCCGUGCACCCGACGCCAGGCGGGAGCAUAUGAGGGUUCAUAGCGAUGUUAGAGAACGUACCCCAACUGCACGCUUACAACCGAGAUUUCACCGGCACACGGACGGAGACGAAGAGGAGGAAGAGGAUAUCAUUAUCCAAAGAGAUGAGCGGAGGAGGGGUCGGAAGGGUAAAUUCAAGGAAAAGGAAGAGAUUAUCAUGCGGGAAAGAGAAAUUUCGACAUCCCCGGAGUCGCCAAGUUCGAGAGAGCUUUCGCAGGUUCGGAAGUCUCAUACUACAUCUCGUGGACGCAUGAGCGAUAGUUAUGAAAUGCCUCGUCCACCACGUGCACCCAGUCCAGAGCUUUCAUCUCCGAGUAGCUUCGAGGAGUUGGAGAUUCGUCACCGUACACGAGGACGCCCAGCCAAAGAGAAGAUCAUUAUAGAACGACGCAAUGAUGCUUCACCUCCAUCCAUCCUUUCGUCAUCCGAAUCUGACGACAGGAGCGAGAAUGAAAUUGACAUCACUCACGCUAAAUUCAAGACCUUGAACCGACAAGAGGACGUCUUAAUCAUGGAACGUCAACCCCAACGCCACGAAAGUGAUGAAGAGGUCCAAGUCUUCGAGGAGGAACAGUACACCCGGCGUGAUGCGGGAGGGCCUCAGCGGAGGAGCACACCGAAAGUCACGGUUGAAGAUAAAGCGAUAAUCCGUUUUGACUCAGGAAGCAAUGGCAGUGCAGACCAGGAGAUGCGACGGGAGCGGCGUGAAUCCGCACAGCGAUCUCGAUCCAUCAACGGCCACGAAAGACUGUCUGACGAGAAGAUCGAUCACAAACGUGGUCAAAUAGGACGGCGAUACAUCGGCGUAAAAGACAAGCGAGAUCGUCUCUGGACAGAAAUCACCAAGGACCUGGUGGUCAAGGAGGCCAUUGAGCGGGCUGGCUAUGAGUACGAGGAAACGGAGUCGUUCUAUUACAUAUUCUCGUAUCUUCGAUAUGACGAUAUAUCAGCCCUUGUCGCACUAUCGGAGGACAUCCGCCGUGCACGACGCCAAAGGAUUCAGGAGAUCAAUAGGGAGCGAGCCUCCAUGCGUCUUCCUCCAUUCAUACCUGAACCAGUCACACCCGGUUCCGUGUUACCGGGGAGGCCGCCGUCUCCGCGUCUCCGACCUCGGGAUGAGCGGAGACUGAAGAAAGAGCGGGAGCUCAUUAUCGAAGAAGGGCGAUGGAGACAAACUCCAGCUCAGUCUGACAGAUGGUGA